AUGGUGCAGCAAGACUCCCACGAAGUCACGCAGUUGAUACACUCGCUCCAAGCCGCUCAAGGCCCAAAGAGAGGAGGAAAGUCGUUCUCAUGCAAGAAGUCAACUUUUCCCGUUAGCGGGUCGCAAGGCACUACGGUUGAUUCCUGGAAAUUCCGAGAUUGGGAUUACAAACGAGACGACCUUCCUACGUACGCCCGUGGCCUCUUCACGACGAGAACCAGGAAUGGUACCCCCGAAAUUGCUAUCCGAGGGUACGACAAAUUUUUCAAUGUAGAUGAGGUGAAUCUGACGAAAUGGGAAAAUAUCGAAAAGAAUACAAUUGGGCCAUACGAACUGAGCGUGAAGGAAAAUGGCUGCAUCAUAUUCAUGUCUGGCCUAGAGGAUGGCACGCUUCUGGUGUGUAGCAAGCAUUCCACGGGCCCAAGGCAAGACGCCAAUCUCAGCCACGCAGUUGCGGGACAAAAAUGGGUGAGGCGACAUGUCGAAUCGGUGGGAAAGACAGAGAGAGAACUGGCGCUUGAGCUAAGAAAAUGGAAUGCCACCGCUGUGGGAGAAUUGUGUGAUGACAGCUUCGAGGAGCAUGUGUUGGCGUACGAUGAACACUCUGCUGGAAUAUAUCUUCACGGAAUUAACUAUAACGUGCCUUUCUUUGCUACCCUUUCUGGACCUGAAGUGCACAAAUUUGCCGACAACUGGGGUUUCAAAAAGGCACAAUUUGUGCUUAAGAAUGAUCUAUCCGAAGUGCGAACUUUCUUAGAAGGGUGCGCAGAAACAGGCUCGUGGGGCGGAAGGGAUACCGAAGGAUUUGUUGUCCGAUGCAAAAUGCGUGAAGCCCACUCCGGACCUUAUGUUGACUGGUUCUUCAAGUAUAAAUUUGAAGAACCGUAUCUCAUGUACCGGCAGUGGCGUGAGUGCACUAAAGCGGUCAUUUCAGGGAGGCCACCAAAGUACAAAAAGCACGUGAAGAUUACAGAGGAAUACCUACAAUAUGCCCGAAGGCAGCUCCAGAUGAAUCCAAAACUUGGAAGUCUCUAUAACCAAAAUCAUGGUAUAAUCGCAAUGAGAGAUGGAUUCCUUAAGGAGAGAGGCCUCAAAGGCUCGGAUAUCAUUGCUAUGGAAACUGCUGAAGGAGAUGUUGCACCUCCUAUUUCCCAAAAUAUUGUCCUUGUCCCUGUGGCUUCUAUCGGCUGCGGAAAGACAACCGUUGCUCUUGGACUUGUGAACCUUUUCGGCUGGGGUCACAUCCAAAAUGACAAUAUCCAAGGACGAAGGGAUCGAGCAAAAAGAUUUGUCCAUCAAAUAAACAACGCACUAAUUAACCAUAAGGCUGUGAUUGCGGACCGCAAUAAUCACCAAAAGCGUGAAAGAAAGCAAAUCAUUGAGGAUAUCCGCUCGAUAAACCCUGAUGCGCGAUUCGUCGCUCUCCAUUACGUCCACGAGCCAAAAGGCAGGAUGCUAGAUGGUAUUCGGAACAUCACUCGUCAGCGGGUUCUCGAGCGCGGGGAUAACCACCAGACAAUCCGUGCGGAUAGCAAAAGUCCUGAGGAAAUCAUAGGAAUUAUGGAAGGAUUUUUACAGCGUUUCGAGGCAGUGGAUACGGAACACGAGCCAGAUAUCAAUUUUGACGAGGUAAUUGAUCUAGAUAUUGCAGCGACUUCUCGGGAGAACCUUGAGACUAUCGUAUCUGCUCUGUACAACGCAUAUCCAAGACUGUUCGAUGGGUCAAAGCCGUCUGCGUCUGAUUUAGACCUGGCCAUCGACGCAGCUAUGAAAAACUAUACUGUGGAUGUCAAGCACGAUCUGACCUUUGGUUCCAAAAAUCCAAGCCAUCGUCAACCGCCUUCUAACUCCGGCCAGAAUCAACCGAAUACUAUAAAUGGAAACACGAUCGAGAAGCUUUUGAAAAGAAUUGAAUUCUUCAACAUAUCUCUUCCACAAUCAGAAAUUAAUAGCUUAGCCGCCUCUCUAUUCCCUCCCAGCACUCCACCCGAGAUCUCCAAGCUAUACAACCACCUCAAAAAUUCCCGGCGCAUACAAGCAUCCUUCCACGUUACGCUAAUCCACAAGGCCUCUGCGAAAGACCGCCCAGAUAUAUGGGACCAAUACAAAGAUCUCUACAAGAACGCCCUACAACGACAGCUACAACAGCCCGACGGCCACACGAGAAACCCAACCCCCGCUCUCGGCGCUGCAAGAGUGCGCAUUGAACGGCUUGUCUGGAAUGACAAGAUCAUGGCCUUCGUAGCGCGCAUUAUGCCCGUUGACCACGACGAACGCCUCAACUCACAUGUUUCCCGGGACAUGGGCUCGUGGGAAUGCGCGAACGAUAUUCCACAUGUUACGGUUGGCACUGCGGCUCCGAACAUCAAGCCCAAGGAGAGCAACGAUCUGUUGAGGCACUGGUUGGAGCACGGGGCGAACGCGGAGACAGGGAUCAUGGAAGCUGAGAUUCCGUCGGUCAAGGUGCUGGAGGGGAUUGUGGGGGUGGUUUUGAGUCGUUCUUAG